AGGGGGAAGAGGACUGGGAGGGGAGAAAUGGUGGGGUGGAGUGAAAGGAUUAGUGGGUUGAGCAGAUUGGGAAUAGCAGGGUAGCACAUACCUACUGUUCAGUUUCUUGUUCUUUUCAGUUUUGCUCAUGGGGGUGUGUUAAACUAGUAGUGAAAGCAUGGCAGGUGCUAUUUUACAAUGCAGCACCACUGUUCAGGGAUUCUGAAUGAUAAGGAGGGGGAUUUAAGAAGGAUUACAAACCCUGGCUCCUGUUGAACACCAUCCAAAGGCCUGCAACUGUUUUUACACUCCGUACCAUCACUACAACCAUCACACUCUGUUUCUCAGUCUGCCAGGAGUUUAUAUAACUUCUCUGUGUGUUCCCAUGCACGUCACACCAAAAAACAAAAUUCCUGUCUGGUCUAUACUGCAGCACAAAAUACUGAAUGAAUUCUUCACAUCUGUACCAUAUAUUUCCAAUCCUUCAUUUUUACACCUUUGCAACAUGGAUAAUAGCUUAUCUCAAAGAGUAUUAAUCCAGUCACAUGAGCAUCCUACUAAUUUAAAAGGGCCAUCUUCAAGUGAAGGAAAUUUUUAUCUCACUCUGCAUGACUCUCAGGAGUCUGAUUCAGAAAGCCUUAUUCAAGAGACACAGUAUCAGUUGGAACUUCAGAAACGGAUUUGUGAAAAUGAAGUACUGGUAAGCCAGUCUUCUGAUGAGCUGGAGAAUGAUAGUUUAGAUGAAGAUAGCCUGGAGGAGAAAAGUCUGAAUGAACCAGAAGGAGCAAAUGAUGAUAAAGUACAGCUUUCAAAUAGAAAAGAUAUUGGAAAACAGAACAGUAAUAAUGAAAGCAAACAGCAACAUGUGGACAGAUACUGCAACCUAAGAUACAAUCCCAACUGGAAGAAUAAUGAAGAGAGAGCAAAGUUUUCUGGAUUGAAUAUAACGCAUGAGGUUCAUGAGAGAGUCCCACAGGACUCAUUUUUUGUCACUUCUAAGGACACCUUGGUGAGAAUCUUGGAAGAAGAUAACCAGCUGAUAGAAAGACAAAAUUUAUCUUCUGCAUUUGAUACAGAAUUAUUAAACCUUGAUGGUCAACCAGUUGGGAUAAGCAGUGCCCCUUUUAGAUUGCAUAUGAAAGGAAAGCGAUUGGCAGAUGAUUGUCAAUACAAACACAGUUCCAGUGCAUAUGGUGAUGUUUUUCCUGAAACACAAAAGCAGAAAGCAAAAAAAGACUUUGUGGAAAAAAAUAAACAUACUUUGGGAUUAGCUACCCAGAAACAGGAUUCUUAUCUUCACCAGCACAGUAGAAAGCGAGGGGAAGUCCAUCAAGGACAGGUUUUAGAUGUUAAAACAGCUGAUGAAAGGCAUAUUCAGAAUGCCAUUGACUUUCAAGGCAUGGCCAUGGAUCCCGAACACAAAUGGCUCCAGCGGUCACAGCAACUAAAGGAUCACCAAAAUAAACAGCCCCCAAAAAACAGAACAAAAUUAAAUAGAGUGCUAAAAGAAAGCUCUUUGUCAGGGAAUGAUGUGCAGCAUCUUCCAGGAAGACUAGCACAACCAAGACCUCAACAUCGCAGAUAUCGCAAAGUACCAGAAUUUGAAAACACUCCGAUAAAUUCCAAUACCUCUGACGUGCUAGAACUUGAACAAGAUGAUAGUAGUUCACUGGAUACUGGGUUACAAACAAAUCCCUUUGUUGGUCCAAUUACUUCUUCCAUUAAGACUAGUUCUACAGCAAACUGGGACACACACACAAAAACUUUACCAAAUAUGAAUUAUUUUGUAAACCAGAAUCAGAAGCAGCUCUCCAUGAACUUGGCUUCUCCUGUACACCAUCUUGAACGAAUAUGGCAUAAAAACGCUACUGGGUUGAAUUUAUCUCCAGCAUAUAUUAGUGAAGAAAACAAGAAAUAUCAGCAAAACUCUGGCAACAGCCCUCUGUAUAAUCAGCAAUAUUUACAGAACAGUUACGUUUUGGAGCCUCUUACACCUGAUUGGUAUUCCAAGGAUCACAUGUUCCUAAAUCAUAAAAGCAUUUCAUCUACUUACAAUGCUAAUUUUGAAGAAUUCAUAAAAGACCAAGUUUCAACUGAGAGUCAUAGAAAACAAUUUUAUAGAGAUAAGAGCCAUCACAACUACUAUACUACCAAUAGCUUGGGGUCAUCCCAGUCAUCUGCACACAAACUGCUAGAAGGCCCUUCUCUAACUGCGCAACUUAUACAGACAAUGGAAAAACAUCAUCAAGAAAUCUCGCAACUGGAAGAUGCUCACCUUGCUGAAAGGCACUUCUCUGGCUUGUUUUCACCUGUAAUCCCAAGGGCAGAAAGUGACUCGGAGCUUAACACAGAAAGAAAUGAAGGAAAUCAAGUGAAAAUUAAUCGCAGUAACUCAGAAGGGUACCUGCUACAAAUGGAAAAGCAAAAGCAUCUGAAAGAAAAAGGGACUAGGAAGCCUUCUAGGCCAAGAGCCUAUGUGAACCUGGAUGUGAAGCUUGGAGGCCUUGGACCUGACUAUGAAGCAGUCAGAGAGAAAACAGAAAAGUUAAAUAAGCAAAAGGAAUAUGCAAAGCAUGUUAAAGAGCAGAACAUGAAGAAUGUUGCUACUGCACAGAAACCUCCAGCAAAACCUCAGCUCAAGUCGUCAUUAUCAAGACAUAAGGCUCUGGAAUAUGCCAAAAAGAUUCCUAAACCAAAAACUCUCUCAGCUAAGCAAUCAGAUGAAGAACCAAAAGAGGAAAGGAUUCAAACACAUACUUUAAAAGGACAGAAUUUACCUCAAAUUUCCUCAUUGAAAACUCUGCAAAACAGGCAUGAAAUAGAGAAGCAAGUUGUGGCUACCUUCAAAACCCUUAACAUUUUAUAACAAGUUUGAAAUAGUUAGGGAGUUGUAGAGGGUGCAGUAUCUGAACUAUUUAAGUGUGUAUUAAAUUAAUUACAUGUUUUCCAGAUACAGUAUUUCAGGACUCUGCUAUUUAAAUGAGAGCCUCUACCAUCACAAAAUUGAUUUCAAAAGGUGAAAUAUUUUCAGAUUAUUCUCCUUUAUUUUAGUCCAAAUGUAUUAGAAUCAUUUUUAAAGUAAACAUAACCUUAGAACUAUGGUUCUUUUUAUUCUGCUUUUUCCUUCCUUAAAAAAUCCAGAUUAAGUUGCUGCUUCUUUCUGAGCGUCUUACACUGAAAGGGUAGCGAGUGAAUUUAGGUACCUUCUGGGGUCCGCAGGAGUUCUGUGAAUUGCAGGGAAGUCUAUACUCGGAACUUUGAUACCUAAACAAAUUUGUGAAUCUAGAUCUUUCCCAAAAUGCUCAUUUUUUACGCAGUGAAAUAAACCUACAGAAACAUACCAAAAUAUCAUUUUUAUAUUUUACAUAAUGAACUUUUAAAAGGAUUUCCUUCAAAUUUUAUCACAGUGUGUGUGUGUGUGUGUGUUUGUGUUUACUUUUCUCUUAAAAUAACUUGCACUGAAAUGAAAACAGGAACAUUUCCAUGACACUCACUGAGCCAUUGACCAAAGAGACAUGAAUUCAUGAUAAAUAUUAUAGCUCUGUCCCAGGUUUCCAUGACUGGUAAUAGGUAGAGAUGUUAUCAGCAGUAUUUGGAUAUAGAGCACCCUAUGUAUACAUUCUACUUUUCAAAUACAUAAGACAGACCCUGCUCCAAAGGAGCAUCUCAGCUGAUUUUGGAGAGACGAGAACAAUACAGUGGUAAAAUAAAAGAGACCGAAGAGAGAGGAAAGUCUGCAGAGGACAAAGACUGGUUUAAGGAGGACUCUGAAGGUCGAGAAAGCAGUGGGACUUGAUACAUCAGCAAUCAGAUCGGAAGCACCCUGCAGUCAACGGAAAGAUUCUCUUUGCCUUAAAUGGGUUUUCAGUCAUGGCCUUGCAAAGCGGAGCAUAAAACUGAGAAAGGGAGAUGGCAAAGAGAGCAGCUGAGAGGAUUUGUAUGGGCACAGAUUGAGUAGCAAGAAAGAGUUGGGAUGUGGACCAGGGCGAAAUUGUGAAGACUUUGGUAGAUGAGGACAGAGCACUUGAACUGGGUGCAAUAAAAGAAGCCAGAUGCAGCAUGGUCCCCUGGACAAGGUGCUGGAUUAGGGCUAGUCACUUGAUUUCUGUUUCCAAUUCUGCCCCAAUCUGCUGAAUGACCUUAUAUAUGUCACUUCACCUCUCUGUACAUGAGUGCAGCUCCUGGCUCUGCAACCCCCACCCAGGUCCCCUGAGUAUAUAUCCAGGGGUUAGCCCAAGCUGCUACCUGUUCCCAGCUCUCUGGCUAGUUUGAGUGCACUCAGUCAAGCAGAGCUAGAGGCAUGUCAAUUUGAGCUGGGACGCACAGUCCCCGCUGCAGGGUGUAUAAGGUACCUGCCCUGGGUGCAUGAGGUUGAGGAUUUGAGCCCCACUCACCCUGGGGAAAGCCACCACCAGCUUCCCAAGGGAUGGAGCUGGCAUCCUUGGAAGGUUUAAAGGAUAAAGGGGCCUGUGAGGGUAGGGGGGCUCCUCCAGUGCCUGCCUCAGGAGCAUGAGGUUGAGGAUUUGAAGCCCCACCCACCAAAAGCUUCCCAAUGGAUAACGCAGGCAAGCUUGGAAGGCUCCUCCAUGUGUCACCACACCCAGCACAGUGGGGACAAUCUGGUUGGAGCCCUUACAUGCUGCAAAAACAAUAAACUAGUGAAGAGCUGUAAGGAGGGAAAGAUUUGAUCAGAAUGAUGGGAAAGGAAAACAUCAUCAAUUCCUGUAAGAAAAAGACAGAAUCCUCACCAAGUCCAGCAGUGACACAAGAAAUGAUUCUUCCAUGUUUUAUAUAAUGUACAAAAGCUUCAGAGCCAAGUGAGUCUAUAACUGGAAAAAC